AUGGCCGACCAAGAUGGCCCCCCAACGCGGCUUCUCCGCACCGUCGACGACGAGGUCGCCGACCGCCAGGAGACCGUCCACAAUCUCACCUCGCAUGCGUUUAAGGACUGGCCAACCGAGGCCGGCUUCGACGGCCUCUGCGAAGAACGCGGUCCCCUCGAGAUCCCUGUCGUCGGAAUCAUCCCGCCUUGGGCUGCCGGCAACUUGUACCGCACCGGCCCUGGCCAGCUCAAGCUCGACGACACGCCCAAAGGCACCCACUACAUCAGCCACUGGUUUGACGGCCUGGCACAUUCGCACCGCUUCGAGAUCGUUGCCAGCAGCGACCAUCACCACCACCACGGCCGCGUCCGUGUCUUCUACUCGUCACGCCGCCAGUCCGAGGCUGUCGCUCGCCGCAUCCAGCGCCAGGGCCCUGCCAGCCUCUUCAGCUUCGCCCAGCGCCGCAAUCCCUGUGUCACUUUUCUCGGCAAGUGCAUGAGCACCUUUCAUGCCGCCAUCUGGCCCGGCCCGUCGCACUUCAGCGACUCGGACAAUGCCAAUGUCGUCGUCCUCACAGACUUUCCUGCUGCCGUCGGCAAACCGUCUUCUGUCUCGUCCUCAUCUCCCUCCGGCCAUCGCAAUACACUCCCCUCUAACGUCUGGAUUACUACCGAUUCUACUAUGAUGCGCCAGGUUGAUCCGGCCACACUCGAGCCCAUCGGCUUCGCCAUCCAGGAGUGCCUGCACCCAGAUCUCAAGGGCCAGCUGUCGGCGUCCCACGCUCAACGUGAUCCCCUCACCGGCGACAUGUACAAUUUCAACCUCCAGCUCGGGCCCACGGCCAUCUACCGUGUAUUCUGCGUCUCUGCCGCCACCGGCAAGACCACCAUUCUCGCCACCAUCCGCUGCGCCAGCAAUGCCGCCGCUGGGCCGCGCCCCGCCUACAUCCACUCCCUCUUCCUGACGGCCCAUUACCUCGUCCUGUGCAUCCCCUGCACACACUUUGCAGCCUACGGCCUCAAGGUCCUCUGGGAGCACAACAUUGCCGACGCCAUCGAACCCUUUGAUCCAGCCCGACAGACCCGCUGGCUCGUCAUCGAUCGGACCAGCAAGACCAGCGGUGUCGUCGCCGAUUUUGUGAGCGACGCCAGUUUCUUCUUCCACAGCGUCAACGCGUACGAGGUCGAAGAGAAGCAUGAUUCUAGCGGCAAUGACCCACAGACCACGCUUAUCUGCGACGUUGUCGACUUCCCGAGCUUCGACAUCGUCCGGGCCUUCUACUACGACGUCUUGCUGAAUCGAAACGGCGCGGCCAGAGAGCUGUACGACGAUUCGGCUGUGGUGGAACGCGUGAUCCCUUCGCUGUCACGGUUUCGCCUGAAGCUGCCCGUUCGGACUGCCGGCGCCAGCAGCACCACUGCCACGGCCGACCGUCUCUGGUCCAUCUCUGGUCCUCAUGCCGGCGAACUGCCCACCAUCAACCCGGCCUAUGCCACUCGGCCACAUCGCUUCGUCUACAGCAUGUGCACUCGCGGCCUCUCCACCCUGGCCGACGGUCUUGCCAAAGUCGACACCACUACCCGCACGUCGCUGCUGUGGGCCGCCCCUCCAAAAAACGUGCCCGGUGAGGCCAUAUUUGUGCCGCGGCCGAAAGAGGAGGGCGGGGGUGAGAAGGAGGACGACGGAGUGUUGUUGUCCGUUGUGCUAGACGGACAGGUUGGCUCGAGCUACCUGUUGUGUCUGGACGCACACACCAUGACCGAGAUGGGCCGUGCCGAAGUCGGCUUCGCUAUCGGCUUUGGCUUCCACGGCGUUCACAUCAAUGGCCGACAUUUAUGCUUUUCUGUUGUACGGUCACCACCUCUGAUUAACCAUUACCCUCAAGACGAGGUGCCCGACAAUAUACCGAAGGCUGUUUCCAAACAGCUGACGAUCGACGCGCCCGUGGUCGAUCCGGAAUCGCUUGCCAAACACGUGGCCGCGUUACCGGCAUCGUACGGACCCAAAGCUACUGCACAGAGCGCCGUGUCGAUGACGAGCGUUGCCACAUCUGUGACGGUGGCGAGAUCCGAACAGGCAGUCGGCAGGGAGGUCGGGCAAGAUGCCUCGAGAGCGUUGGCUCCGAGAGCAGUGGUACACUCGGCUGCCUCCAAGAUGAGAUUGACGAGGCCGUCGGCAUCCGCGAGCUGCGUGCAGUUCGGCGGCAGCGUGACGCUGCAUGCGGCCGAGGUUGUGGCCGACGUGGUCGCCGACGUCGACGAGGAGGUCGCCGACGUGACUGGGCAAGACGCCAAAGCGACUGUGCUUGUCGCCGUAGUCGUCGUGGUACCAAGACCCAGGGCUUCCUCGAGACAGGAGUACAUCUCGGCGCCAGACAGUGCCGACGAGGCAAAACAGAGCGACAACGGUGUCGUCGCCAAGCAUGUUCCAACGGCGCCUGUAUCGUACAACGCAAAAGCAGCUACACACUCUGUGAAGUCGACCCCGUAUGUCAAGACUGAGGCCGUCUCGAGGGCUGCGCAAGACGUUGGCAGAGUCGUGAUGCAGACUGUGGCUGUUGCCGUCGUCACCGACGUCACAGUCGUGGAGCAGGUCGUGGCGGAAGAGCUGGACGAUGGGCUCGACGACGUAGAUGAGGCCGAGGAAGAGAUGGGUGCGCUGGACGAUGAAGUCGCUGAUGAAGUGGGCGCAGACGUGGACGGCACCGACGAAGACGAUGAGGGAGCAGACGACGACGAAGUUGGAGCGGACGAGGUCGACGAAGCUGACGAAGACGAGACCGACGAAGACGAGGCCGACGAAGACGAGGCCGACGACGAAGAUGCAGACGACGAGGCAGAUGAGCUAGAAGCAGAGCUCGAUGAUGAAGCCGAAGAUGACGCCGACGUCACGGACGACGAUUGCGAAGACGAAGUACUCGAGGACGAAGCAGGCGGCGAAGACGACGCUGAUGAAGCAGAGUUAGAAGCAGAGCUAGACGACGUCGCACUGGAAGUGGGCUGUGAAGAUCUGCUGGAUUGCGAGCUCGAAGUGCUCGAGGUACUGCCUGAGCUAGAGCUGGGAGUGGAAGACACAGAGCUGGAAGCAGAGCUUGAGGCAGAGCUGGAGGCAGAGCUGGAAGCAGAGCUGGAAGCAGAGCUGGAUGUAACACUCGACGACGCAGAGCUAGAUCCACUGCUCGAAGAAGAUGUGCUAGAGGUGGAAGCAGCACUUGCACUGCUUGACGGACUCGUGCUUGGUGAGGAAGUGCUUGAUGGGCUAGCACUAGAUGAUCCAGAGCUAGAAGAACCAGUAGAAGAAGCGGAGCUUGAGGAUGCAGAACUGGAUGCAGAGCUGGACGAUCCAGACGAAGAUGGGGUAGAUGAGGCACUAGAGGACCCCGUGCUUGACGAACCAGUGGAAGAAGCAGAGCUUGAGGAAGUAGAGCUAGAGGCGGAGCUUGACGAACCAGUGCUUAAUGCGGAGCUAGAUGAUCCAGAUGAAGACGGGGUAGACGAGGAGCUAGACGAUCCAGUGCUUGACGAACCUGUGCUCACGUUAGAAGUGGAGCCAGUGCUAGAACCAGGGGUGGAGGAAGCGGAAGACGAAGAGAUGGGACCGGUGCUGGAACCUGUGCUGGACGAUCCGGUGCCAGAGCCAGUGCUGGAGCCAGUGCUAGAGCCAGUGCCAGACCGGGUGCUAGAACCACUACUGGGUCCUGUGCUGGACCCAGUGCUAGAGCCAGUGCUCGAAGAGCCACUGCUAGAGCUAGUGCUGGAACCGCUGCUGGAACCAGUGCUGGAGCCAGUGCUGGAACCGCUGCUGGGUCCUGUGCUAGAUCCGGUGGUAGACCCAGUGCUAGAACCACUCGAUUCCAUGCUAGAGGUAGUGCUGGAAGGGGAGCCAGAGCUUGACGAACCAGUGCCCGAAACAGGAGUGCUUGAUUCGCUGCUCUGCGAUGUAGACGAAGACAGUCCCGGGGUCGAGGAUGAGCCAGAGGAGCUGCUUCCAGAGGAGCCGGUGCUGGAAGUACCGGAGCCCGAGCUUGAGCCGCUAGGCCCAACAGUGGAAGAGAUACUCAUGGCAGUGCUUGAGCCACCUUGGCUGGAAGCAGCAGGGGUAGAGGAGCUGCCAGGGGAGGACGAAGAUCCAAGGGAAGAUGCAGAGCCAGAAGAUGAAGAGGGGCUAGAUGAACUACCUGUCGAGCUUCCAGAAGAAGGCAACGUACCUGACGAGGAGCCUGAGGUUGGGGUCUCUACAAUGAUGGUUCCGAUGGUGCCAGAUCCAGUGGGCGGAAUGGAGAUUGUCAGCGUGGUCGAACCAGUCCAGCCGCCAGUAACAGUGCUGAAAGGUCCUGUGAAGGUAGAGCUGCCGGGCGACUCAACGAUGACGGUGCCGACCGUUGCUGUGCCCGAAGGCGGCAGCGUCAGCGUCGUCGCUACAGAGCCGCUGUACUGGCCCGUCAGCGUUGUGUACGGGCCCGUGAAGCUGCUGCUGGGCGUCUCGACAAUGACGGUGCCGACAGUGCCGGAGCCGGCGGGUGGUAGCGUCACCGUCGUGGCCACCGAGCCACCAUAG